GAUCGAGCUCUUCGCACCUGGAUAGUACUCCUUUCACCGUGCUUUCGAUUGUCUCACUUCAGCGCCAUGCGCUUUGCUUCGCUUUAUAGAAGAGAAAGACCGUUGUCUUGAGAGUGAAAAGCAAGCGCAAGCGAUAGAAAGGAUAGUCCCUCGCGCGUUCGCGCGAACUACUAGAAAAUGGUGAGAUCCUUAGUGAAAGAAGGACCAACGACGAUCCUAUCCUAAAGGAGAAGGAGGAGUAGGAGGAGUCAGUCUUCUUUGAAGAUCGAGGAACGUAGUGUCGGACAAUUAUGCCAUUCGGAAGAAGUCUUCUACAGAGGGAAAGCCUGUAUCGAGUAAGUGGAGAGGAAAGAUCUCCAGAGAUUCUUAUCUCAUUCCAUUCCAGUGGCUCGACCAGUAACCAAUGGCGAAAACUAAAAAAUCCAUGGUUUCCCGGUAGAACCCCAUUUCGCCCAAGUUGUUUCGGAACCGGAAAAAAGAAGCGGUUUUUCGCACAGCUUGCUCAUAGUGCAGGUCCCACUUGUAUAUUGUAUUUAGCCGAAGAAGCAUCGGACAGGUUGGAGUUCUUACCUUCUUGGGACUCCAUGGACCAAGAUCUGCUUUCAUUAUAUGGGCAAUAUCGAUCUACUUUAGUAGAUCAUAUGGAUGUAGAAAAAGCUUCUGAUUUGGAUGAAUUGGAAACAUCUCUUUUCCAUUUCUAUUUACCUAGUUCAUAUUUGUCUUUCGUGUGUUCCGGGGAGUAAUUAGAUCUCUUCAAUCUCGGUAUACCACCUAAAUAACUGCGGCCAGAGAGUCAAAUAGGUCGGGAAGAAAGAGUCUGAGGUUGGGUUGGACGACAUA